AGCCAUGCGGCGGGGACGGAGCCGCUGCAAGGCGGCGGCGGCGGCGGCGGCUGUCGCGACGGCGCCCCCUGGCGGCCGGCGGGAGUCUUGCUCUCCGGCGGAGCAGCUGGGCGAGCGGGCGUGGCGAGGCGGCCCGCGGGGCCCCGGCGCGGGCGGGAAGGGCCGGAGCCGCCGCGAGCAGGAGCAGCGCACCAACUGGCCCGUCCCCGCCGGGCACGAGCGCAAGGUCGCCGCCAAGAUCCGCGCCAGCCUGGCCAAGCGGCGCCGAGCCGCCCCGCGGCAGCCCAGAAACCGCGCAGCAGCAGCUGCCAAGAUUGCAGAGACGGGCGGCUGCUGA